GGUCAUUUGAGAAACCCCAUAAGUCAAUUUUUAGCUAAAUUUAGUUUUUUAUAUUUUUGCAAUCAACAGAUAUAAAUACACAGUUCCUCUGAGAAACAACAUAAGUCAGACUUUUUUUACCAACUUUAUAAUGCCACAAAGUUUUAGUUCACUUGAGAAACACCAUAAGUCAGUGACUUAUAGUGUUUCUCAAGUGAACAGCAGCAACAGCUGACACCUUGAUCAGUGAUCAGCUGUUUACAUUGCACUAACAAUUCCAGCCCAGGUUUGAGGUUAUGGUGGGAUAUUAAAGAGUAGCCUAUUUUCUUUGUUCGUCUAAUAUCGAAAUUGAAACAUUUUAAAAUCAUUAUCAGAAUGAAUGAGCUAGAUGUUAAUUUAGAGAUUCAGAAACGUAAAAGGAAAAAGGGUGUUCUCAAUAAAUCCGAGUACAAGGCCGAAAUAAUUAAAAAAGCCAGAGUUUCAGGAAGCUCAUACAUAAGUUGGACUGGAAAAGAAGUACCAGAAAUAACUCCAGGAGAAGAUUGCAAGUGUCGGCGGAAGUGCUUCACAAAAGUGGCAGAUGAAGAACGGAAACGGAUAUUUGAGACCUUUAGAAGUUUGGGGUCUAAAAAUGAGCAAGACAACUAUCUACAAUCUUUGAUUGCAGCAACUGAAGUUAAACAGAAACGGUGGAGGAAAUCAAGUGAAAUAUCACGUAAGCCAGAUAGAGGAAAUACAUUCAUUUACGAAGUAUCAACACCAUCUGGGAAGCAGCAGGUAGAUAACCACUGGAUGAAGAAGCUAAAGCCCGAGCUGGUGUGCUUGGCCGCGGCCGUAGUGAAGCAGUGGCAGCAAGAGGCCGUGACCGAUGUCGAGAACGGCGUGCACGUAUAG